AGUGCAUUCCACGCGCAGCCUGGGUAACCGUUCUCUUGGAUCGGACGCGUCAAAGUCUUUUGACACAUACACUGCGAGGCGCCUUCGGCCAAUUUGGUGUGGGCUUCUAUAGCUCCAGCGUUCCUUUCCCUCACCCGCGCUUUGCCUUUGACCGCCGCGUGCCUCCCCCGUUCUUUCACUCUCUUCACUUCAUAUAUAUCAUCCCUCCAUGGUCUUGAUACGUCCCUCUCCCAGUUCAUGCGCGCUGACAUCUCUUACUACAGAGCCACGCCACCCCCUUCACCCACGUUCCUCAUUGCGCGUAGCAUCGCAGCACAGCGUGCACGCCCAACCCUCGCCAUGUCCAUGCAGAUCCACGCCCCCGCUCCCAUCAUGUCGACUUCUUCACGUGCGCGUGGGCGCUCCCAACCGGGCAGUCCUCUCACGCAGGCAGCACAACUGCAACCACCACAACGUCCACCCAUAAUGGCAAGGCCAUCAAGUCGUCUGAACGAGCACGAUCGCAUGCUCUACGUCCACCCGCUUCCGAGCCCGAAGCUGUCUGGGGUGUCGCUCCCCGGCUCGCCGUUCCUCGCCCCCACGGGCACCAUGCUCCUUAAUGGCAACGGAAGCCCUCCGAUGAGCUCGCAGGCAGCCGGCGACACAGCCGCAAGAACACCGCAUCCUCGGCGCGAGCAUCUCGUGACGCCGGCGCCGCAAGGCCUGUCGCGGACGCGGAGCAUCACGCAGAGCAGCCGCACCAGCGCCGGUGCGGGCGACCGCGCGUACUCGGACUCGGUCGCGCAGGCGCAGGUUGCGUACGGGACGCCGAGCUCGCCUUCUCCUGCUCGCGCGCACUUGCAGCGCUCGGCCCCGUCGGCGCCGCCGCAUGUCGGCCGAGCGGCCCACACUCAGAGGACGUCGCCCGAGCGCUCGCCGGCGGUGCCCCCGCACGAGGCGGGCGUGCUGAGGGGCGCGAAGGAGCAGGAGAGGAGAGAGAAGAGCUCGGAGAGGAGGUAUAGGGGCGAGCCGGGGAGCAGCAGUGGGAGUGGGCACUCGAUGGCGAGUAGUAGGAACCUCAGCGCGGAGAGCGACUUGUUCUUCGGUGCUGUUGGCGAGUCGAGUGUCACGUCGCUGUCGUCGGCGGAGUCCAAGGCGAGCCCGACGGCCACUGCACCGAGUCGCGGAAGCUUCUCGGCGAGCCGGCCACAGGUCCUGCAGAUCCAGUCGCGCUCGCCGAUGCACUCGCCGUCGACGCCACUAAAGCAGCUGCAUGGCUUCAGCUCGCCGCAGAGCUUGAGCUCGGCCAACGGCCUGAGCCCGCUCACCCCGCCACCCACCCCGCCGUUCAACGCGCGCACUGCCGCGGAGCAGUGUCGCGCUAUGGAUGGCUAUGUCUCGUUCGCGAACAUCGCGGGGUUGGGUGUCCCCGAGGGCGCGGUGGACGAGGACAUGGACGAGGAUGAUGAUAGAGGGCGCUGGUGGCGCUGGAGUGAGAGCGCAAGUAGCAUCGGCGUCGCAUCUUGAAGGUCCGCCGCAGGCAGGCUGUCUGUCGGUCGACUGGACGACGCUGC